UGUUGCCAUUAUUUUACCAGCCAGCUCAGAUACAUCAGCGGCUUCAUCCUCUCUGGAACAAAAAAAAAAAGAUGAGUCUGUCGACAGCAUCAUAAACACACGAAACUGAAAAUAGAUUUUAAAAAGUUAAAUCAAUGGUACAGAAAAGUAGUAUGUCCAGGACGCCUUCGACCUCAACCCAGGAGAUCCAAAUGGACAUGUUCGACCAUCAUCCACACACACAGGGAAAGUACGGCAAGAGGAAGAGCCGAUUUAAGCGCUCGGAUGGAAGCACCUCCUCUGACACCACCUCGAACAGCUUUGUCCGACAGGGCUCUGCAGACUCCUACACCAGCAGGCCGUCAGACUCAGACGUGUCCCUGGAGGAGGACCCUGAGGCACUGAGGAAGGAGGCAGACAGACAGGCCCUCGCCACACUCGAGAAAGCAAAGACCAAACCGGUGGCAUUUGCUGUGCGGACAAAUGUCGGUUACAACCCCGGCCCCAGUGAUGACGUUCCUGUGCAGGGCAUGGCCAUAUCCUUCGAAGCCAAAGACUUCUUGCACAUUAAAGAGAAAUACAACAACGACUGGUGGAUCGGACGUCUGGUGAAGGAGGGCUGUGAGGUGGGCUUCAUCCCCAGCCCGGUCAAACUGGAGAACACCCGUCUGCUGCAGGAGCAGAGGAUGAGACAGAACCGACUCAGCUCUAGUAAAUCUGGAGGAAGCUCCAGUCUGGACGUUGCCACGGGAACCCGCAGGCCCACCCCACCGGGCACAGGCGGCCCAGCUAAACAGAAACAGAAGUCGAUGGAGCAUGUCCCCCCCUAUGAUGUGGUUCCCUCCAUGAGACCCAUCAUCCUAGUCGGGCCGUCACUCAAAGGAUACGAGGUGACAGACAUGAUGCAGAAAGCUCUCUUCGACUUUUUGAAACACAAGUUUGAGGGCAGGAUAUCCAUCACACGGGUGACAGCGGACAUCUCCCUUGCCAAACGUUCAGUCCUCAACAACCCCAGCAAACACACCAUCAUUGAGCGCUCCAGUACCCGCUCCAGCCUGGCGGAGGUGCAGAGUGAGAUUGAGCGUAUCUUUGAGCUGGCCCGCACCCUCCAGCUGGUCGCUCUGGAUGCAGACACCAUCAACCACCCCUCUCAGCUGGCUAAGACCUCCCUGGCUCCCAUCAUUGUCUAUAUCAAAAUAGCUUCACCCAAGGUCCUCCAGAGGCUCAUCAAGUCUAGGGGGAAGUCCCAGGCUAAACACCUAAAUGUGCAGAUGGUGGCAGCAGACAAGUUGGCCCAGUGUCCACCUGAAUUGUUUGACAUCAUCCUGGACGAGAACCAGCUGGAGGACGCCUGCGAGCACCUGGCCGACUACCUGGAGGCGUACUGGAAGGCGACACAUCCCCCGAGCAGCAACCCUCCGAACCCUCUGCUGAACCGUACCAUGGCCACGGCAGCCCUGGCCGCCUCCCCUGAGCCCGUCUCCAACCUGCAGGUACAGGUGCUCACCUCCCUGCGCAGAAAUAUGGAUCUGUGGCCUGACAUGGACGGUGCUGUAGCCAGCGAGGGGAAAGAGGAAGAACAUGCUCUCUGAAGUCGAGCAGAGAGAGUGGGGGGGGGGGCGACUCUGGCAACUCAACCUCGACCCAGCAGCCUGCUCUCUUUACCCUGAAGGAAAAGCGCAUUAAAACCGUGUUCAUGCUGUAUAUAGAAACACAACACAGAAACACAUUCACACACCUGACACAAAGAUGAGCCUAAUUCACACACACAUGAACUGUUAGCUGUCAGAACACCCACAAGACAGAUUACGUAGUCCGUAUGUUAGCAGGUCAGCGUUCACGUCCCUGCACUGAUGAAACUGUGAGAGCAGCUCAACUCAAACCACACUGGACUUAAGGAGUAACCCAUGAGACACCUCUGCUGUGGGGCCCCCUCCAUUUCGCUGUAAUCACGAGUAAAAUGAUAUCUGCUGCUCCCCCCCUCACCCUGCCCUCUUUAGCUCCGUGGCCUCCUUUCUCCAGCACUUUUUCUUCUCUGGGAGGCUGAAUCCAGUUUUCUGUCCUCCUCCGUGUUGCCAUGGUACCGCCCCUGAAAACAGCAAGUCAUGUCCGCCUCUUCAAACAGAAAUGCUUAGUUUGGUGGAGGCUGUUGCUAACAAUCUGUCCAGUUUAAUCUUUUUAUAGACUUUUUUUUAACAGCAAAGUACUAAUCAGCUGUGUCUCUAUUCCUUAGUCACUACUGGCUGCACAUUGAUUAUGAUGAGUCGCAUACUGUCAAAGAUAUUUACAUUUUUGACAGUAUGGCACCCAAGCAGCAGUCUUGAACCAAAUGGCUGGAAACAUGUUUUAUAUCUCCUGCUGCCAUUUUUAUUGAGGCUGUCAUGAUAGAGACAACAAGACGAACACAAGACCCAGUUGCCCUUCAGAUCUGUUGGUCUUUCUUAUUAAGUAUAAUUGCUUCAGUAUGAACAUCAUGUGCUGCAGAGUUGAAUUGAUUACGUAAUCAUUUGAUAGUUAUAAUAAUAUUUCUGCUAUUCUCUGCCAUGAGGUCAAAUAGCCAGAAGGUGGCACUGUUGUAAUGUGAGAUACUCAGUCUGCUUGUGUGUUUGCAGGGAGGUAUCAUGAUUUCAAAAACCAUCCAUUAGUAAAACUAAUCAGAUCUAGUAACUGAUUUGUAACUAAUUACUGUAUGUGCUUGUGUUUUCGAGUGUAAGUCGGUGUGUGUGCACAUUGUGAAAACGUGGAAUGUGUGUGUGUUAUGUGAGGGAUAACUUACAGCGAGCAGGUCAUUUUUGGGCAAUUAACCCUGACAGGGUGAUGCAGGGUCUUUAUUCAUCAUUGAAUCACCCAGUCUCAGUAAUAAUGACCUGCUCGCUACACAUUAUCCCACUUAUUACAUGGCUACUUACUAAUGAAAACAAUAAUGUGAAACAAAAUAUUGAUUUAAAAUGUAUAAUGUGUGAUUUUCUGCUGCUAGGCGUCUCUCAAUCAACACAGUAACAAAAUACAGAGCAAUGCCAUCAGUGCAGUCUCCUGGUUAGAAUUCCUUUGGUGUUCAUUGUUUAGUAGGUUUUUACAGGGAGGACUCUUCUUCUCCAAAACAAAACACCUGGUGAUUUAAGCCUGUAAAGACACGUAGAAAAUCUGUCUUUCUCCAGUGCUGUUGAGCACAGCAGGGCCUGGAGCCAAGCUGCAGCUAACAUUUGUUCAGCUUGUUUCUCUAAUAACUUAAGAUCCACUCCUCUGAUCACUAAAAUCCUUCAUCCAGUUUAAACAUAUAGUUAAAAACAGCCAAGAUCUAAAACGUGUAUCAUAAAAAUGUGGCUUUAAACUAGAUUAAAAGUAAAUCCAGGACAGCUUCUGGCAGACAACUGCAGCCCUGACAUAUGUGCGUCACUGACAGGCGAUGGCAACUAAAUGACAUGGACUGUGUCCUUGAGUAAAUGUACAAAUUUCUGUGGGUGAACAUUAUUGGUAACAUUUGGGAUAAUGUAAGUGCGCAACUCAACUAUAUUCAACUCAAAUAUAUAACAAUAGUCUGGUCGUUUUCAGACAUUUUAAUCUGGAAAAAUUGCAUUUUAUUGCUUCAUCCAGAGUCUGUGACCGUGAAUAGAAUUGUGUCUAUAGCAGCGGCCUGUUAUUCAGAGCAGCAGUCCAUAGAACACCUAAUUGAUCAGAAUCAAGUAUUCAGCAAAGCCGUGUAAUAAUAAUAGACUGAUGUCUGUCAUGAGCACUAAUGCUUCUAUAACAACAGGUCCUUCAGCUGGAACAAUGAGUCUGAUGUUGUGUGUAUGUGUUGUAUGCCCUGCCUCGUGCUAACCCCGCCGACUAACCACUGACAGUUUGGUUUUGCUCUGCUGUUUGUGUCUCUGCAUGGUUGCUGUGUGGCAUGGCUGUGGCUGGCUGCAGGGGCCGUACCUGGUGCACGGUGAGCAGAAGCGGGAAGGGCCUCUGACAGAGUGCGGCGGGAGCGGCACCCUGCACGACUAUCAGACAGACCUGGGAGGAAAACCUCAGCAGCAGCAGCAGCAGCAAACGUACCUGCGCUCCU